AUAAAAUGAUUGGUUGUUUUUAUCAAUUAAAAAAAUGCUAAGUGAAUGACCCCAAACAUCCAGCAUAAGACCUUAACAACUAUCUUCAGCAUAAAGAACAAGAAGUCCUGGAAGUGAGGGUCUGACCCCCACAGAGCCCUAUUUUAACACAGUGGGGUGUGUCUGGGAUCACAUGAAGAGACAGAAGGUUGCGAGAAAACCUACAUCCACAGAACAUCUGUGGUUAGUUAUCCAAGAUGUCUGGAACAACCUACCAGCCCAGUUCCUUAAACAGCUGUGUUCAAGUGUCCCUAGAACAACUGAUGCUGUUUUGAAGGCAGAGAGUGGUCACACCAGAUACGUGUCUCUUUUGUUCAUGAACUCUUUUAUGUCGAUUGAUGAAAAUAAACGAUUAACACUUCCAUUGUUGAAAGCAUUCUGUUUGCUGCAUUUUGUCAUACCUGCCUAAAACUUUUGCUCAGAGCUGUGCACAUUACAUUUCAUACAUUAGCAAAGGUCAAAGGUUACUUGACUGCAUUCAGCCAGUGUUUCAGCUGACUUGAAAGCUUGUGCUGUUGAGCACUCCCCUAUAAGGAGCAGGAGACUUACAGAUAUUUAUGGGGGCAUUUUGUCCAGAGGCUGUUUUUCUGUAAGCGACCUCACGGACCGAGACAGCUGUGACCCCCCCUUUUUUUUUCUUUUAUGGUCGCAGGAUGGUCGCGACACUAGGCCAGCAUGGCGCAGAGCGAGGUCUGAUCAACGCUGCUUUCAGCUGUAAUUUUGCUUUAUUCAUUUUCUGGAGUUUUUUUCCAUUGACCCAUCUCAGCAAAGCCUGAGGUGGACUUUAAACAUGCUAACUUUUGUUUGCUCGUUAUCUGCAAAACAUGGGGAGUUGCUAUAGUAAUGAUUUUAGAAAUAUGUUGCAAAUGGCUUUUGUAACUUACAAGUCAGAGAUUUCUUAACACUGCAAAAAGUGCCUCUGACUACUAAAUUUUGGGUGUAAUCUCCCAAGUGCUGAUGCUGAUAUUUGAUCAUGACUGUUGGUCGAAUCCCAUCACAGUGGUAUUUGAAUGUCCAUGGAAUCUCGAUGAUAGCAAAUGGAAAUGUGAAAACUCAGGAGGCAGAAAAUUGAAUUAAAGGCGAAGAAGCAGCUUUUGUGCUUUAAACAGACCACUCCGUGCCUGCAGUAAUGGAUGUCACAGGAUGGAGAAGCACGCUCACAAUGACUCACGUAUCCAUGCAUAGGAGUAAAUAUGUGUGUAACUUAUCAGUUAUACAUCAUAACAGUUUCAUAUUUUAAGCAUUCUUGUGUGGAUGCUUUUUUCUGUAGGAUACUUGAUUUAUGCAGUGGUUUGUGUGCAAACACAAAAAUAUCGAAGAACACCUAAUCACUGUAGCCAUUUAGCUCAAUUCUGUUUUCCUGGGAAUAUUUUUUUUCCUCUUGAGUGGUGGUCUGCGCUGCGUCUAGGACACCGGAAGUGACGUAAACACGCAGUAGCAUGUUCGAUGUAAAGCUUUGCUGCCGCGACCUAAACCUGCCCGAAAGAAGAUCACAGAGUCAAUCAAGAUGGAUAACAGACGAAAGAAGAAACUGACAUUCUUCACCAUCGGUCUGAUUUUUCUUCUGAGUGGAGUAGAAUAUGCUGUUAUAUUACCUACAAUAUGGCGGUAUUUACAGACGUUGGAAGCAGCGCCAUAUUUCCUGGGUUUGGCCCUGUCAGCGUUCAGUUUCAGUGGUCUUUUGGCGGGACCGCUCUUUGGACACUGGUCAGACAGAACAAGAACCACAAAGAAAAUCAUCUUGCUUUGCAACUUUUUUGAGAUAGUUGGUAAUUUCAUGUACUUCAUGGGCUACUCCAAGUGGCUCCUACUGUCAAGUAGAUUUGUAGCAGGGAUUGGUACUGGCGCAGGAUCGUCUAUCUUUGGCUUCCUGACUCGAAGCACUGCUCCGGAGGAUCGGGCCACUGUGUUUGCUGCUGUCAUGGCUUGUCGACAGGCUGGCCUUCUGAUUGGUCCUGCAUUUAACAUCUUUCUGCGGCUUAGUAAUUUCCAUGUUGGUCCUUUUAUUGUCAACAAAUAUACUGCCCCUGGGUUGUUCAUGUGUUUGCUGUGGAUGCUCCUUCAACUGGCCGUGUUCUUCAUGUACUGGGAUUUACCACAGCUGGAAAGGAGAAAGACCAUUGACAGUCCAAAGCUCAGCGGGGAAGGGAACAUGCCAGGGGCUGUAGUAAACAAUGAGGAUGAAGGUGAGGAGGAGGUGAAACCACUAAUCGCUUCCCAGGAGCUGUUGGGGUCGUACGGCUCAGUGGUGAUAUCAAACCAUGCCCACGUGGCAUUCAGCUCCUCGCUGAAUCACGUUCAUUCUUCACCCGCUUCUCCUGAGAUGUCGCAGAGCCACAAGUGCCUCCAACCUGCGAGAAGUGGCAGCUUGUCCAGAGAGUUCCUGAGAGAAGAGGUGGUCGUGCUUCUGGCUGCUCAGUUCAUCACCCUUUUUAAUCAGACAGCGCUUGAGACUAUGGUGACCCCCUUAACCCAAAAAUAUUUUAACUUUGGGGAGCUGGAGAACAGCGUGAUGUACUGCCUCGGUGGUGUGGUGGUGAUCACUGGAUUCCUGUUUGUUCGCUGGCUGAGUCGACACGUUGCAGAGAGGGUGGUCCUUGCCAUCGGUCUGGCCAUUUGCAACAUCUCCUGCAUUUGGUGCCUGAUUUUCCUGGCUAACCCUUUAGGUGGUUACUCAUGGCAGCUGACAGAGUUUAUCAUCGGGGUGUUCCUGCAGGUUUUGGGUUUACCGUUUGUAGCUGUGGCUCAGGUUUCCCUCUUCUCUAAAAUAACCUCAGAGAGAACUCAAGGUUUUAGUCAGGGUGUACGUCGCUCAGUGGGGGGUCUUGCUACCAUCCUGGGCCCGCUGUGGGCCGGUGGUCUCACUGAGAACAUGUAUAUCAUGAUGGGUGCUAUGGUGGCGCUGCUGGUGCUGCUAACGGUGAUGCUGGCUUUCUCUUACAACCGUUUGGUGGAACCUUCUCAGGAGCACAUGGAAAGUUCACACAUAUGUACUUAAAGCUCCAGCUUUUUAGAAGAAACCCAAGUCUCUGUAAGAACCCAGCUGGACUUUGCCACCCUGCACCUUUGUUUUGUGUCGAGGGACUGCCCGGAGACUCCUAAAAGAAGCUGUUUGGACUGAGCAGGUUGUUUGGGUAGAGGCUGGUCGAUGGACUCAAACCGAGUAUACUAUUGCAGCGUGUUUCCCAUGGAAAUAAAGAACCAAGCUAGCGGUGCAUGUAAAAAGUGUCACAGGCACCAAAAAGGUGCAUCACUCAUCCGACACAUUCUGUUUCAGCAUGAUGCAGCAUAAGAUGCACUCCUAAUCUAAUAAACAUGUAUUUUUGUUAUUUUGUCUUAAAUAAUUAGGCAUCCUAAUUUUUUACCUGUGGCAAAAUGGAACUUCUAAAAAUAAAAUAUUUGCAAAUGUUUGCAUAUAUUUUAUUUUAUUUCAGUGAUGUUUAAUAAUUUGAACUGUAUGAUUUAAUAAAUCAGUGUGACAAAAGUUACCCUAAUGACUCUAACAUCCAAAUCAGACUUUAUUAGGAAAGAUAAUACAUAGGAAUUCAUUAAAAAUAAAAAAAACAUGCAACAAAUAAAACACUAUUGUAUCUAAUUUGUUGUUUGAAAUUGAAUAUUGACUCAUGUUUGUAAAUAUAUAUGUAAUGACCAAACUUAAAAAAUGAAAUUAGAUUAUUUUUUUCUUUGUCAAUAAAAUUAUUUUUCAAAUUAGACCCCA